AUGAACGGGACCUUUUUUAAUCAGACGGUGUUAGAGCCGGUCAGCAUCUCCAACGACAGCCAGGACCUAAUGCGGUCCUUGCUAGCGGGGUGCUGCAACGGCAGUUCCUCGGUGGUGACCACCGAUGGUGGAAGUUCCUCCCUGGUCCCAGCGCAGGACGAGCGCAGCCUUUUCAUCAUGCGUGUGGUCCAAAUAGCUGUCCUCUGUGUGUUGUCGCUCACUGUCAUGUUUGGCAUCUUUUUCUUGGGCUGCAAUCUGCUUAUCAAAUCUGAGAGUAUGAUUAACUUUCUGGUGAAAGACAGACGAUCAUCCAAGGAUGUCGAGGCUGUUAUGAUCGGUCUAUACUAA